AUGAGCUCUCGGGGAGUAAUCAAAUCAGGUAGCACAAUGUUACACAAUGUACGAUUGCAACAAUUUGUUUAUUUGUAUUUCGGCGGCCUGCUAUUGUUUUUAGCGGGGCUCCAUCACGUAGAAGCGGCCACCACCGAAAUGGCCAACCUGAACUGGAAACCGUUCAUCUACGGAGGGAUGGCCUCUAUUGUCGCAGAAUUCGGUACGUGAUGCACCAAACCUUUUUCAGACUAAUUUAUUUUAAUCAUGCAUUCAUUAUUAUUUUAGUGACACACACAUUUUAAGACGUAUGUUUAGAUCAUCACAUUGAGAAACACUGCGAGAUUUGCAGCAGUCUCUCUUCUUGAGUGAUGGCGAUGGCUCUAAAUGAUGGAUGUUGCAUCAAAUGAUUAAUGAUGCUACUCCAUUUGAGUAGAUCUACAGUGAUGCAGCUGUGUGCAACCCCAAGCAAUUAUAGAUUUACUUAGAUAAACCAACUUAAAUGAUACUGCUUCUUCUUAGAAAAAAAGCUAAACAAUGCAACACACAUAUUUGCUGAAAGCAAUCAUAUUGGUUUGCAUUGCAAUCAAUGUAUUGUUACUCCACCUCAUUGCAUUGAGAUAAUAUACCCUGUCGUAGUAAACCCUGUGAAAGUAAUCACCUCUUCCGCUUUACUUCAGUAUCAUGUCCCCAAAUCUUUUGAAUGGGAUUGAUGAUUAUAUCAUAACAUUAAUUUAAGAUCUAUAUAUAUAUUACUGUACGCUGUGUGUACAAAACAUUAGGAAUACCUUCCUAAAAUUGAGUUGCACCCUUUUCCCCUCAGAACAGUCUCAUUUCUUCGGGGCAUGGACUCUACAAGUUGUCGAAAGCGUUCCACAGGGAUGCUGGCCCAUGUUGACUCCAAUCCUUCCCACAGUUGUGUCAAGUUGGCUGGAUGUGCUUUGGGUGGUGGACCAUUCUUGAUACACACAGGAAACUGUUGAGCUUAAAAAACCCAGCAGCAUUCUUGACACACUCAAAUUGUUGGACACAAUGGAUUUAGUUUUUGGCAGGCGUUUAAAGACAGAAUGGUAUGUUUUUUAGUAGGUGCGCCUGGCACUUGCCCAUUCAUCCUCUGAAUGGCAUACAUACACAAUCCAUGUCUCAAGGCUUAAAAAUCCUUCUUUAACCUGUCUCCUCUUCAUCUACACUGAUUGUAGUGAAUUUAACAGGUGAUAGCAAUAAGGGAUCAUAGCAGUUACCUGGUCAGUCUGUCAUGGAAAGAUCAGGUGUUCCUAAUGUUUUGUACAGUCUGUGUGUCUGUGUGUAUGUGUAUACAUACACUACUGUUCAAAAGUUUGGGGUCACUUAGAAAUGUCCUUGUUUUCCAUGAAAACAUACAUGAAAUGAGUUUGAAUAGGAAAUGUAGUCAUUGACAAGGUUAGAAAUAAUGAUUUUUAAUUGAAAUAAUAAUUGUGUCCUUCAAACUUUGCUUUCUUCAAAGAAUCCUCCAUUUGCAGCAAUUACAGCCUUGCAGACCUUUGGCAUUCUAGUUGUCAAUUUGUUGAGGUAAUCUGAAGAGAUUUCACCCUGUGCUUCCUGAAGCACCUCCCACAAGUUGGAUUGGCUUGAUGGGCACUUCUUACGCACCAUAUGGUCAAGCUGCUCCCACAACAGCUCAAUAGGGUUGAGAUCUGGUGACUGUGCUGGCCACUCCAUUAUAGACAGAAUACCAGCUGACUACUUCUUCCCUAAAUAGUUCUUGCGUAGUUUGGAGCUGUGCUUUGGGUCAUUGUCCUGUUGUAGGAGGAAAUUGGCUCCAAUCAAGCACCGUCCACAGGGUAUGGCAUGGCGUUGCAAAAUGGAGUGAUAGCCUUCCUUCUUCAAGAUCCCUUUUACCCUGUACAAAUCUCCUACUUUACCACCACCAAAGCACCCCCAGAUCAUCACAUUGCCUCCACCAUGCUUGACAGAUGGCAUCAAGCACUCCUCCAGAAUCUUUUCAUUUGGGCUGCGUCUCACAAAUGUUCUUCUUUGUGAUCCGAACACCUCAAACUUCGAUUCGUCUGUCCAUAACAGUUUUUUCCAAUCUUCCUCUGUCCAGUGUCUGUGUUCUUUUACCCAUCUUAAUCUUUUCUUUUUAUUGGCCAGUCUGAGAUAUGGCUUUUUCUUUGCAACUCUGCCUAGAAGGUCAGCAUCCCGGAGUCGCCUCUUCACUUUUUACUUUUUAGUCAUUUAGCAGACGCUCUUAUCCAGAGCGACUUACACUGUUGACGUUGAGACUGGUGUUUUGCGGGUACUAUUUAAUGAAGCUGCCAGUUGAGGACCUGUGAGGCAUCUGUGUCUCAAACUAGACACUAAUGUAUUUGUCCUCUUGCUCAGUUGUGCACCGCGGCCUCCCAGUCCCCUUUCUAUUCUGGUUAGAGCGCAGUUUGCGCUGUUCUGUGAAGGGAGUAGUACACAGCAUUGUACGAGAUCUUCAGUUUCUUGGCAAUUUCUCGCAUGGAAUAGCCUUCAUUUCUCAGAACAAGAAUAGACUGACGAGUUUCAGAAGAGUUCUUUGUUUCUGGCUAUUUUGAACCUGUAAUCGAACCCACAAUUGCUGAUGCUCCAGAUACUCAACUAGUCUCAAGAAGGCCCGUUUUAUUGCUUCUUUAAUCAGCACAACAGUUUUCAACUGUGCUAAUAUAAUUGCAAAAGGGUUUUCUAAUGAUCAAUUAGCCUUUUAAAAUGAUAAACACAACGUGUCAUUGGAACACAGGACUGAUGGCUGCUGAUAAUGGGCCUCUGUACGCCUAUGUAGAUAUUCCAUUAAUAAUCAGCCGUUUCCAGCUACAAUAACCAUUUACAACAUUUAACAAUGUCUACACUGUAUUUCUGAUCAUUUGAUGUUAUUUUAAUGGACAAAAUAAUUGCUUUUCUUUUGAAAACAAGGACAUUUCUAAGUGACCCCAAACUUUUGAAUUGUAGUGUACAUACAGUGCAUUCGGAAAGUAUUCAGAUCCCUUUCCUUUUUCCACAUUUUGUUACAUUACAGCCUUAUUCAAAAAUGUGUUAGAUACUACUGCGCUGUUGGAGCUUGGAACACAAGUAUUUCGCUACACCCGCAAUAACAUCUGCUAAAUAUGUGUAUGUGACCAAUAAAAUGUGAUUUGAUUAGUCAAAGUGAAAACAGGUUUUUAGAAAUGUUUGCAAAUGUAUUAAAAAUAAAUAACAGAUACUUUAUUUACAUAGGUAUUCAGACCCUUAGCUAUGAAACUUGAAAUUGAGAUCAGGUGCAUCCUGUUUCCAUUUAUCAUCCUUGAGAUGUUUCUACAACUUGAUCCUAGUCCACCUGUGGUAAAUUCAGUUGAUUGGACAUUAUUUGGAAAGGCACACACCUGUCUAUAUAAGGUCCCACAGUUGACAGUGCAUGUCAGUGCAAAAACCAAGCCAUGAGGUCGAAGGAAUUGUCCGUAGAGCUCCGAGACAGGAUUGUGUCGAGGCACAGAUCUGGGGAAGGGUACCAAAAAAUGUCUGCAGCAUUGAGCUCCAGAGUUCCUCUGUGGAGAUGGGAGAACUUUCCAGAAGGACAACCAUCUCUGCAGCACUCCACCAAUCAGGCCUUUAUGGUAGAGUGGCCAGACGGAAGCCAUUUCUCAGUAAAAGGCACAGGACAGCCCGCUUGGAGUUUGCCAAAAGGCACCUAAAGACUCUCAGACCAUGAGAAACAAGAUUCUCUGGUCUGAUGAAACCAAGAUUGAACUCUUUGGCCUGAAUGCCAAGUGUCACAUCUGGAGGAAACCAGGCACCAUCCCUAUGGUGAAGCAUGGUGGUGGCAGCAUCAUGCUGUGGGGAUGUUUUUCAGCGGCAGGGACUGGGAGACUAGUCAGAAUCGAGGGAAAGAUGAACGGAGCACAGUACAGAGAGAUCCUUGAUGAAAACCUGCUCCAGAGCGCUAAGGACCUGCAAUUCUUCUAAAAGCCUGUUUUUGCUUUUGUCGUUAUGGGGUAUUGUGUGUAGACUGAGGGGGGAUAAAAACUAAUUAAUCCAAUUUAGAAUAAGGAUGUAACGUAAGAUUGUGGAAAAAGUCAAGUCACUUUCCGAAUGCACUCUAUAUUAUAUUCGUGUUUGUGGAUGAUUUCACUUCUGCCAGAUGCCAUUGCACUACGUUUUUGCCUAUUGAAUACCAUUCAAAAAGCCUACAAAAGUUUUUUUAAAAUGCAAGGCUACUUCCUGGAAAAAGACGUGCCACUUGCAUAGCAUAUUAUUAGCUGACCUUAUGCUGCAUUCCUGUGUUAGUCGUAACAAUGUUGUCAUGAUGUUGUCCGUUGUUCUCCACCUAGGUACAUUCCCCAUAGACCUGACUAAGACGCGGCUGCAGGUGCAGGGCCAGUCCCAGUACAUGGAGGUGCGCUACCGGGGCAUGUUCCACGCCCUGUUCAAGAUCGGCAAGGAGGAAGGCAUCAAGGCACUGUACUCUGGGUGAGCAAAAAUAAUAUGGUUUACACAUGUUAUACACUAUGGAAAAAACCCAACAUAUUACAGUAUGUUAUGGUGUGGUAUGUUGGAACAUAUGCCUGUUUGGAUUGGAUGGGCAGGGAUUGACAUUAAGGCUUGCCCUAUUGCAAAGAAUUCCAGUAGUCUGGUCUUUCUGGUUCCACCCCUGUGUGUAGGUAAUAAUAGCUAAUUUACAUUUUCUAGCAAGUGAAUAAGCCUGACUUGCCGAAUGGGCGAAUGCCUUUCAGACCUUAAUGUUUAUCCCUGGAAGGGUAUGACCUGUUUUGUGUCAUGUGUAACUGGUGUGAAAUGGCUAGCUAGUUAGCGGUGCACGCUAGUAGUGUUUCAAUCAGUGACGUCACUCGCUCUAAAACCUUGAAGUAGUUGUUUCCCUUGGUCUGCAAGGGCCAUGGAUUUUGUGGAGCGAUAGGUAAUGAUGCUUUAAGGGUGACUGUUGUCUGUGUGCAGAGGGUCCCUGGUUCAAGCCCAGAUUGGUGCGAGGAGAGGGACGGAAGCAAAACUGUUACACAUGCCACAUUUAUUUUGUGUGUAAUGGGCACAAUUUAGAUCAGAUGACUGUCUUAUGAAUAUGAAAACACCAUGAACACUGCAUAGCAAAUAUUCAAAGUGGUUAUUGUAUUCCAGGUACCUGCUAUCAUGGCUAGGAGGAGGACAUAGAGGGCUGUCAUGCCAUGUUUACAAUAUACUGUAGUAGUAGAUGAUCAUGUUAAAUGCUAUGCCAUACAUAACCUUAUGUUAAUGUUCAUGCUGUUUGCCCAGUGUAAUGCAACCUCAUGCUUGAUUGGUUGCAGUCUGUCUAAAUGUAUGCCUAGGCCCUACUUGGUACUAUAUGCAGAAUUGUAAUAUUCUGCGGUUUAUCAGCAUUGAUAAUGUCAGUGCUCAAUGCCGGUGACUAGGGAGAUUGUUGCAAACGUCUCAGUAAAUUGUUCCCUUCACUGACAUGGCAAAUGUUUUUACAGACAAAACAAAAUAUGUGAUCCAUACAUGGUAUGCACAGGAUGACAUUACAGGACUACUGUAGGGAGGCAUGAAACUGUCAGGUCAGCUCAACCUUCUGGCCUGAGUAUGUCAACAUCCAGGACACAAUGUCCAGGUCUGAGUUCUUAGAAGAGGCUUAGGUCAGGGAAUAACAGAAUAGAAAAUAACAUCUUAGAUCAAUGGUGCGUAGGAGAAGCAACAGCUGAAGAACGGUACAAGUGACUCCUACGCUGUGUAUUAUACUUGCAAAUUCAACAUUUUAGUUUUUGAAAAGUCAUGCUUUAACUACGGUAUAUGUGGCCAAAGGGGUGCACUUUUCAAUAAAUGUUUAAUUUGUAAGUAUACACAGGGUCCGAGAGUCUCUAAUUUCUACCAUUGUAGAACAAAGAAUCAAACAUAAUAUUUUUCUUCUUAGAACACAGAUCACUAUCAUGUAAACCACUCUCCAUUAAUCUGAAUCUAAUAGAACCUUCUCUCAUUCUCAAGGAUAAUAUCAACAUUUGACAUCUGAGCUACUGAAUCUCGUCUAGUAUGUGAGAGGGUGACCUUUGACAAGGAAAGUGGGCAGGCUCUUUAGCAUAACCUAGGGGAUAAAUGCUCUUUUUGACUGUGGUUUUUAUCAGGGAACAGUUUUUGAAAUACACUACCUGUUCGGUAAUUCUGCUCUCAGGGAGUCUAGAAACAGUGUGAUGACAACAAUAGUCAAUAGUGUGCAACCUAAACAAACAGCAAAAAGCUUAUUUACAAGAGUUGAUUAAGGGAACUGAGCUUCACAGGCAGAAUACAAAUGCCUGCCAAAGUCUUGACAAUCCUGAUGACAAGGUAAUGUGAACAUUAGGCAAAACGCUCUUCACUUGUUCAUAAAAGUGACAUUCCCUGAUAUUACUUCUGUCUUUCUCUUUUUUCAUGCAGCAUCUCCCCAGCUGUCCUGAGGCAAGCCUCCUACGGGACCAUCAAGAUUGGGACAUACAACACACUGAAGAGGUUGUUUGUGACCCAUCCGGAAGGUGGGUUUCAAUGACUCUGUCCCCACUGCUUUCUAUCUCACAUCAUAUUCUGUGUUUGCUCUUCUUUUUUGUUUUUGCCCAAAACAUUUAUCUAUGGUAUGUCACUUGGAGCUGGUUUAAGCAACAAUGAUACAUAGUUCUGUGUCAUAGGCCAUGGCAUGACUCUGUAAUAAGGUACUCUCUUUUGGUUGUUACCUUGUUUGCCUGCAGUGUUUCCCCUAGGGUGGUUGUAUUGGCCGUGGCCCUCCACUUGGCCGCAGAGCCAACAUUUUGCUGUUUUAAAGCUAAUUUCCUGUCUGAGUGACUCAAACAUUAUAACAAAGUCAGCUGCGGCCUGCCGUUGCUAAAUUUAAUAUAGGGGAAACACUGAUCUGAUAUCAUCGAUGGCAAAUUUCCACCUGAGACUUACCCCCAGUGUUUUACCAAAAACACUUUUAUGUUUCCACCUUCUCGGCCCGACUCCAGUGUCUCGCUGGGCCAUAGCCUCAGUGGACCUUUUCUGACUUAGGGCCAAGGCCAGGCCACUGGUACUUUUCAGCCAUCAUUUACAUAACAAUGGCUAACUGUGAACUUUCUCACGAAGCUACUGUUUUGAUGAUGCAGAGGUUGAUUCUGCUCGCCCCAAGUCUUUAGUGUCACACUCCUGAUGGAAACACAGUUCCCGAAAAAAUAACACUGGAGCAUAAACAAGUCUCCGGUGGAAAUGCCCCACUAGUGACCCCACCCUAGCCUUUGAUCGAAUACUGAACUCUCAGCCAAAUUCAUGUUAGGGACUGACAUUCCAAACACUCAUACCAGGACAGGACAGUCACCCAUUUACAGACGUGGGGUUUUGGGGGGGAAGAGAGGGAAGAGGUUAGCUGGCCAACCUAAAAGGGUAGAGUGGACCGCAGUCAGCACUUUUAUUUGACUUCAGCAUAUACUGUUAAUCUGCACACACAAACAAUCAACAGGGGUUUAAAUAAAGCCUGUAAUUUUGAAAUAGACCAUUGCGCUGAUUCUUCUGAAGAUCAGUGUUUUGUUUCUAGGCCUUCCAGUAGAGCUGACAGGGCGUUUUCUCAUACCCUCAUCAACAAAAAUAACGACUGGGGAAACCCUUUCAAAUACCUGUCUGGACAACCUGCAUUGACACAGAGGGAGAGUGCUUAACCGCUGUCACUAAUGCCCAAUCUAAACAGAAGACUGGGAGCCUCCAUGACAAGAGGGAACAAAUCUCCUCCGCUGUCUAUCAAUAGGUUUGCAUUACAUUAACUGGCGUCAGCAUGUAUCCCCAUAUCACAGGAAUCAAUUUCUAUUGAGAGACUAUCUGUAUUUACUGUAUAAACAAUGACAGGAUUAUUUGAACUCCUGCGUUAGACAGAGAAACGGACCAAACUAAGUCUGACAGGGGAUCACUUAGUUAGUAUAGGGGUUUACUCCGAUUUUUUUCUGAGACUUAAUAAGGAUUGGGGUUAGUGUGGACUGCUUUAUUUGUGAUUGUGUGUGUUGUAAACAGAAGACCUCUGCUGUUGUUGUGCUGCUUCACUCUGCAUGCCUCAUUCUGUCAGGAUGUGCCACUGUGUUCUGAACGCUUAUUUUGAUACAGGCUGAGGUUUGCCUGAAGGUGGUGGUGGUUGGGCAGGGGUAUCCAGCGCCCAUUCUCCUGCCAUUGUGAACGGUGCCAGGACCACACUAACUAUUGGUCACAUUGAUCAAGGUUUUACUGUAACUAUUGUUCUAAACUUGAUCCAUUAUUAUUUUCCUGCUCCUGUGUCACACCUACUUCCACUGUAGAUUUGUUUUGUUUACCGGUGACUAAUAAUGAUAAUCUCUUGUCCUAACCCUAACUGUCAUAACUUCUACUAAAUAAAUGAAGGUCCCCAUUCCAUUUCAAACCUUGUACUGUAAGAGAGACAGGGUGCAAUCUCACUCUGUCCCAUUAUGGUAGUGUAUCAAUAAUACAGUAGUGGUAUGUUUUGAAAUGGUGACAAAUCCAAAUUGCAGAGGGAUGUAGUUAGUAGUCAUUAUUUGAUUAAUGUGAUAAUGAAUAGGAUAAUUGCUCUCUGUUUUUCUUUAUGUACAUGUAGGCUUUCUAAUUCUCAUGAUUCUCUGUCUGGAGUUUAAUUACUGCAUGUUUGUGUUGAUCUUUGUUAUUGUUAUUACGUGGCAGACACGUCUGUCUUUCUAGCAUUUCUCUCUCUCUGUGUUUGUGGGUUGAUGUGGAGGAGUAACGGGCUGUCCUGUGUUUGCCCUGACAGAUGAGACCAUGGUGAUCAAUGUGUUCUGUGGAGUGGUGUCUGGAGUCCUGUCGUCCUCUCUGGCCAACCCCACUGAUGUCGUCAAGGUAAAAAAAAUAUUUAAAGAAGAUCUAGAUACCGGACAUUGCAGAUAGAAACGACUUGUAUAGAACUGAUGUGAUUCCUUUUUGUGUCAGAGGCAUGUUUGUUCUAUAAUAUAUUUAUAUCUGAAUGUUCCACAACGUUCUGGCCUGCUGAACGCAGGCCCUGAUGUUCUGUGUUGUGUGUUUAGAUCCGCAUGCAGGCCCAGGGCAGUCUGUUACAAGGCAGCAUGAUGUCCAACUUCAUUAACAUCUACCAGACAGAGGGAACCCGCGGCCUGUGGAGGGUGAGUGGUCCUCUCUCUGUCACAAACUAUCAAACAGUGGCUCUGAUCUGUCCUUAACUACCCCCAUGUACUGUGUGGUUGGGACAGCAGUAGUAGGUGAAGUAUAUAGGCAUAUUGUUGUUAGGAUUUUGUUUAUGUGGUCUUUGUUGUUCUGUAAGAUGGUGACCAGUGAGAGGUCAGUUUUUUUAGGCCAUCUGAAGACCAUUGAGUGAUUGGUACUCUCUGAUUAUUUAUAUUGUUGUCAUCCUCAGGGCGUCAUCCCUACAGCUCAGCGGGCAGCCAUCGUAGUGGGAGUGGAGCUUCCUGUCUAUGACAUCACUAAGAAGCACCUCAUUAAGUCUGGCACUAUGGGAGACACCAUACUAACACACUUUAUGUGCGUUGACAUCAAUAUUGGAUAAUGCAUAUAUAGAAAUACUAUUUGUUAUUCCUUAUGUACCGGCAUACUCUCUUAAAAAGGUUUUAUAUUUAGUGUGCAUAUUACAUAUUAGUGAGGUGAGCAUAUUACACCUGAACCUCUGGCUUCUCCCACGUCUUUCUCUUACUGCAGUUCCAGUUUUAUGUGUGGCCUGGCGGGGGCGCUAGCCUCUAACCCAGUGGACGUGGUGCGGACACGUAUGAUGAACCAGCGAGUGCUGUCAGGGAACCCCAUGUAUAAAGGCACGCUGGACGGAUUGAUGCAGACAUGGAAGAACGAGGGAUUCUUUGCCCUCUACAAGGGCUUCUGGCCCAACUGGCUGCGGCUGGGGCCAUGGAACAUCAUUGUAUCCUUUCCAUCACUGGAGUCAAAGUUCAAACCCACUGUGUUGCCAGCACUAUGA